UACAUCUGUAGCCAUGGCAAGGUCUCUAGUGCACAUUGAAACUAUGCAAAGUAUGAUGCCAAGUAGGAUAGCCAAACCAGAUCUCAUCCACUCAAUUCAUGCUUUGAAUGGUAGCUUUCAAAAAGCAUUUAGAGAACAAAUGAGGGUUGUGCUCUACUAUGAGGCUUAUGAGAUAGAGAAGGGAAAUGAGAGGUGGGUGUUAAGUGGACUACUAAAAGAGUCCAUUUCAGUGACCCUCUCUGGCUAUCCAAGGCUCUCUGGGAGGCUCAAUGAGAUGGAGGGUGGAUGGCCGAGGCUCUCUGGGGGCUCAAUGAGAUGGAGGGUGGAUGGAGGAUCUUGGCUAGGGGCAGGUGGGGCAGGGGCAGAAUUGCCUUAUUGGAAGGAUAUUGAGACUGAGGAGCCAAACUACUCAACUUUGAUGUAUGCUCAGUUGAACCAUAUCUCAUCCAUCACUUUACCGUUCUUGCAGUUAACCAGGUUUGAGUGUGGUGGUUUCGCAGUCGGUCUCAGCUGUAGCCUCCUCCUCGCUGACCCAAUCCUCUAGACUAAUUUCACGAGAUCAUGGGGUGAGACCCAUAAGAGACUUUCCCACUACCCUGAGCUUUCAAGGCCUUACUUUCCUUACGACACGAAAACACAGGCUACCAUCACUCCCACCCACG